AGUUAGCAAUCUAGUUUAUUAUACAUAUCUGUGAUUCAUUCAAUAAUUUUUAUUCCUUAUCUCAACGCAUAUCAUUAAGAAUGUACGUUUCCCGCCAAAACGUGGACCGUAUAAUUAAGUUUUUGAAACGAACUGAUAAUGCUACUGUAACUAUAAUAAUUACCUAUUGCUGUUCAUUUAUACUGUUUGAUCGAUCUCGUUUUCAACACAAUCGUACAGGGGAAAACUACUUGAUUGCAGUACAGAUUGGUAUUACAGCAUGCAUUGGUUCUCUACUGAAAAUGCCGACCAGUCACCAUCGUCGUUUUGCUUUAACUGCAAAGGUCGUCCGAAUGUAUCAAAUGAACAGUUUGUUAGAAGCGAACUAAAUUAUAAUUUUACUAUUAAUGAUGAUGGAAAUCAAUCAUCGGAACGUAUUACAUUAUUUGGUCAUUCAUUUCAUAAGGGCCAUAGUUUAGUGUAUGAUAUUCCUAUACUGUUUAGAAUAGCAAAAAAAAAUUUGCUAAGUCUUAGUUCUAUUACACGAGAUCAGUAUAAAACAUUUAAGUCUCACAAUCAAAUCAAUUGCAAGACCGUAUACUAUGAGGAUGUAAGAUGCCAAAUGUCUGAGUUUCUUUUGUUUUUAAGAGACAGUAUUAAAAUCAUAAAUUCUUGCGAAGACCAUAAUUGGUUGAUGGAAUCUCUUGAAAAAAAAAUUGUGUCUGAAUUAGAAAAUUUGUGUACAGCACUUGGACAGUUUCAUAAUUUGUCUGAUACUAUUAUACAACAUGCAUUGUCUUCGUCUGAUUAUAAAAAUAAUAUUUACUAUCACUUAUAUCAUUGCCAUUUGGAUGUACGGUGGUUUCAAUUAUCAUUACUAUCAGAACUACCAAAAAGUAGAGAUACUUUUAAAAAUACCUUACAUAAUGCUCUGAAUGAUUUAGUACAGUUGACAAAAAAUAGAUUUAAGAAACUGAAACUCAUAGAUCUCCAUUCUAAGAAUGCACUACUUUGUGAUUGUACUUAUGAUUAUUUAGUUCUAAUAAAUUAUUUAAUUAAUAAACAACAAUUUAUACAUAAUACUGAUAAUUUUUGGCAGUAUUUUAAUCCAAUUUUUACAAAUGUAAAUGUUGUGGAUUGUGAUGAGUUAAUUUUUCGAUUGUGGUUUUUAAACAGUUUACAAAAAUCUGAAGCAUCGACAUCAAUAGACUUAAAUGAUAGCUAUUUGGUGCCUGUUCUCAAAGAAUUUCUUAAUAAAGAACCAAGUGAAGUUCAAUUGAAGAUAACAGUUUGUUUAUUAGAAAACAUUGUACUGUCUUCAUUUAUUACAGAACCAAUAUUAGCACUAUGGGAAUAUUUCCAUAAAAGAUUAAACUCAACAUUUUAUUCAUCUGAUAUGAAGAUUCAGAAUAUUGCAUGUAUCAGUAAAAAUGGUCCAGAACUUCUUAUUCAAAUAACCAAUCAGUUUUCUGCUCAAAAAUCUGAAUUAUUAUCUAGUUACAAUAGUUUCCAAUUGUUUCAAAGACUUCUAGGCCUCCAUUUACAAAACACUAAAUACAACUCAAAAGAUUGGAAUCAAUUAAAAGGUAGAAUUUUUUCAAAAUUUUCUCCAAGUAAACUGUUGUCAUUUAAUGAUAUUGGCUUUUAUAAUUUCACCACAUUGUUCUUAACAUUAGCUAUAAUGUCAAAUGAUACAUCACAAAUAGCUCUCAAAUAUCAACAUCUCGUAAAAUUAAUUUCUGAACAAAAAUUAGAGCCAAAUAUUAGAUCAACUUAUUGGAAAGGUACAGUGGCACUUUUGAUUUUACAUUCUCAGAGUAAAACUUCAAUGACCGCUUAUGGAAUGGCGUUGUCGGAUACAUUAAAUACAACAUCACAAGAUUAUAUCAUUAUUUUUUUAAGUGGUCUAAAAGAAGUAUUUAUAUUUAGUGAAUCUUUCACACUUGGACAACAUACUCUUUUUGGACCUUGGUUUGAAAAUUAUCUUAGUGUGAUCAAGCCAUUGGAUGACAAUGAAAUCUUGCAAACGGUUCUACUCAUACUAGAAAAACUAAAAAAAAUAGCAAAAGAUCAACCAAUGCCCUUUCCACGAGAAAAUGAAGUAUUUAUACUUUACAAUUCAUUGUUUAAUUAUAUGUUACCAUUUUUAAAGAAAUCUUGUCUAUCAAUUGAUUGUGGUACAAUUGUAGCAGAUAUUGCUGCAGCGUUUACAAUCCUUUCAUCUUUACCUACAUUUUCUAACACAAAAGUGAUGUUAUUCAAUUUUUUUGUUGUAAACCAAGCAAUAAGUAUAAAACUACUUAAUAGAUAUUUAUCAACUAUUAUUAAAGAAAAUAUCACAUCAAAUGUUCAUGGAUACAAUAGUUUGGCCUUAAUAAAGGCAUGGUUACAUAGCUCUAUGUUGAUUACAAACUGGACUUUUAAUGAUAUAAUGACUAUCACUCGAUUUGUUUCAACCAUAAGCGAAAUCAAGGAAUUAUUUGCAAAUACUGGAAAUGAUUUGGAAACAAGUGUUGAUCCAUUUAUAACAUUUUUAGAUUUAUUGUGUAUAAAAUAUCAACAGACUCAAGACAUAAAAUUACGCCAAAAGUUAUGCGAAAAAGUGACAGACUAUUUUUACAGUAUCAAGAUUUGGGUAAACAUUUUAUUAAAACAACAAAAACAAAAUGAUGAGAUAUACAGAUUAUAUAUGGUGAUUGGUUAUAUGUUUGAAAAAAUUUCACCAUUAAUCUAUAUUAAAGGUAAACCAAACACUAUUUUACAAGAGUUAUUGGACUCUAUGCUACUGGGUGUAACUGUGAGAAACCCUAGCUCCAAAAUACACCCAAGUGUGAUAUCUGCCCUUUUGUCCAGUCUACAUCGAUAUCUUAUUGGAUUAUUUCAUCUGAAUCCUAAAACAGAUCAAUAUAUUGCUCGUUGCCUUCGAGAGUUAACUUCUAUAUACUUUCCCAAAAUUUUGAUGGGGAUUAAAUCUUCUGAUGAAUUGCCAUUGCUGAAAUUCUUUGAAGAGAAACCAGACAAUGAAAUACCCGAACGAGAAAUGUUCUUAGAAUUAUUAGUUUCAAUAUUUUUAAGCAAACGUAAUCGUUCUCCAGAUAGUAGUGUCGCUCAAGUUUUAGAAUAUAUUAAUGGUAUUAUAAAAAAAAAUUGUAAUAAUAAGUUAGUAAUAAUAUCCAUUAUUCAAAAUGCAUUGAUGCGUGUAUGUGCAGUAUCAAUGUUUUGUGAAGAUUCCAAUAUUUGUAAACGAAUUACAAAAGAAAUCAUUAAAACAUUGGUUGACCAAAGCUUGUGUAAUGAUGAUAUUAAAAAUGAAAUUAUAUCAUCAUUUAAUGCUCUUUGCCAAGAACAUCUAGCUUUUUCAUCAAAACUGGUUUUCGAUUUUUUGGAGAACAUGAUAAAUGUUUCACCAGAUAUUGUUACACAUUUCUUACCAAAACUUUUAGAAAACAUAGAAAAGGUUGAAUGGAAAAGAGGAAUUGGCUCAGAUUUUACUCUUAGGAAAGGCUUGGAGAGAAUACAAAAAAAACUUGGC